AUGGGCCUAAAAGAGACUGACCCAGUCAGUAAUUUUUGCAAAAGUGAUUUUCGUAAACUCCUCUCUCUGGCCACAGAAAAUUCUUAUUUCACGUUUGACGGUCAACUAUUCAAGCAAGUCGAUGGGGUAGCUAUGGGAUCACCUCUUGGCCCCAGCCUUGCUAAUGCUUUUCUUUCGCAUCACGAAAAGACUUGGUUGGAUAAUUGUCCAUCAUCCUUUAAGCCAGUGUAUUAUAGAAGAUAUGUUGAUGAUGUUUUUGUGUUGUUCUCAUCUCCUAGCCAUUUGCCUCUAUUUAAGGACUAUCUUAAUAGGCAACACAUCAACAUAUCUUUCACGUCUGAGUGCGAGGCCGAUAAAACUCUUCCGUUUCUUGACGUAUCUGUUUCUCGCAAUGAAUCGAAGUUUCACUUAGAAAUGCAAGAUCUUAGAAACAUUCUGUUAAGAAAUGGCUACCCGUCAAGUUUGAUUGAUCAAUGCAUUAAGUCUUUUCUCGACAGAAUGUUUCAAGAUAAGAAAGUUUUCAGUACCGUGCCUAAGUUAGAAGUUCUUAUUAUUUUGCCAUAUUUGGGUAAUAUAUCGUUGAAACUGCGAACUCACUUAGUUAAAACAUUUGAUAAGCAUCUUCCGUGCUGUAAGCUUAGGGUUAUUUUCAAAUCGGGUUGUAGAAUUGGCAAUUUUUUCCGGUUUAAGGACCGUGUUUAA